CGUGUCCACAGCCGGCUCCUCUCUUACCCAGGCAGUUUCUGUGGAGCUUCCGCCUUCCCGGAGAGGCCCAGAAGAUUGACCGGAUGAUGGAAGCCUUUGCCCAGCGAUACUGCCUGUGCAACCCCGGGGUUUUCCAGUCCACAGACACAUGCUACGUGCUGUCCUUCGCCGUCAUCAUGCUGAACACCAGCCUUCACAAUCCCAACGUCCGGGACAAGCCGGGCCUGGAGCGUUUUGUGGCCAUGAAUCGGGGCAUCAACGAGGGUGGGGACCUGCCUGAGGAGCUACUGAGGAACCUCUAUGACAGCAUCCGGAAUGAGCCCUUCAAGAUUCCUGAGGACGAUGGGAAUGAUCUGACCCACACCUUUUUCAAUCCGGACCGGGAGGGCUGGCUCCUUAAGCUGGGUACGUCCCCUCCUGACCCCACUGGCUGCCUCUGCGAAGGCAAGUUAGUGGCCUGGGCUUAGAUUAGGCUUCCACACAUACCCACUGUGUGACCUUAGGCAAGUGAUUUGACCUCUCUGAACCUCAGUGUCCAUAUCUGAAAAAUGCUGAGCCCAAGCACAGGGCUGGCCUGCAGGAGGGGCUCCAUAAACCUUGGUGACUGGAGGGAAAGGGAUUAGAGAGCACUGAACGCAGGCCAGGCGAGGCACCUUGGAACACGUAGCACCAGCAAGUCCAGGGUCAGUUAGCAGGGGUUAGACAGGUGUGUCCCUUUUGUGGGGUUAUCUGAGGCCGUACCAGAGAUUCACUGGGGAGUUUUCAAAACCCAACAGCCAGGCCACAGACUUGUGAGGUCCGGCUCUGUGGGGGCCGUGGGGGCCGUCAGGCACCGGAGAACCCCCCAGGUGCUUCCAGGGCAGAGCUGAGGCUGAGCGCCGCCAACCUGGAACUGCACCUGGGGACAGCAGGAGCCACAGGAGCCACAGGUGUCUUAAUGGACAGCGUAUGGCUGCUUCAGGGAGACAAGAAUCCGAUGACGAACUACAGUCCAGUUCAGAUGGUGGAGGCAGUUCAGGAGGCCUAGAGGGAACUUAGAGCACAGCACAGGGCCUCGGGCAGGGCUUUGCACCCUCCAGGUCUCAUCCCCCGCUCCCAUCGUGGAAUUGUUCUUGUAAACCAAGUCCUUGCUUCUCCAACCAGAGAAGCAGGUGCCUGCCCUGGUGCAAAGGUGUCCUGGCAGACAUUAAACACAAAUCAUUCUUUCCAGCCAACACUCUGGCAUGGAUGGAUUCCUGCAUCAGCCCCAGAGGAAGCAGACUGGCCUGGGGGGAUUUAGGUUCUCUGAAGCCAGAUGGUGCCCCUGGCUGUGAGUAGGUGGGGGAGAGCAGAGACUAGUUCCCCUCCAUUCUUCCAAACCCUCCCGGCUGCAAGAAUCCCUCCUGUGUCCUGGAUGAGGACACUGAGGCUGGGUCACCAACCAGUAGCCACAGGUCAGAGGUGGCCUUGGGCCCAGAUAGAUGACCCAUGUGCAUCUCUUCACUUUGUGGCCAUUGGAAAAAGGCAUCUCUUCCUUAAAACAAUUAAAGGAAAGGGAAUCUAUGGCGGUAGUUACAUUUGCAAAGAUGGUUAAUAAAAGCCAUCAUGACUGUUACCAUAAUCCUGGGACCACUAGGAACGUAAAAGCAGGUCACCUUGAAGCAGGAAGGUGCGGGCCCAAGUGGGUCUCCAGGCUGGAGUCCAGAGAGGGCAAGAGGUUGUCAUAAGGUCACAAAGCCAGUUUGUACCAGGGCUGACACGAGUCGCCACACCCACCUUGGGCUGAGGACCGGGGGUACUUCCAGGGGAGAGAAACAUCUUCCAGGUCGCAAAGGAGGGUCCACCUGGCCUAAGACAUGUCCUGGGAGUGUGGGCUGAAGCCGGGCACUGAUGCGCAGAGUGCUCAGGCCGCCUCUGGGGUUCAGGACUCGCAGCCUCCCAGGGAGGGAGAGGGUCUGGCUGGUCCCCCCUCGUGUGGAUGUAACUGGUUUUCUCCCCUCUCUCCCCCUUCUCCCUCCCUCCCUCCCACCCUGGGUGUUUCCCUGCUCUUACUUGUUCUCUGUCUCACCCCUUGCGCAUUUCUUCUUUCACCCACCCCAUCUCUGUCGCUGCGGCUCUUGGGGGCACCCCAUUCUUCUGCCUUCCCUUCUCCUCGCCUGGUCCUGCCUGCUUUCUCGCUGUCUGCCCCAGGAGGUAGGUACCUGGCCUGUCCUUGCUCCCCACACCCCGCCAGGGGAGGGGGCUGGGGCUUGGGCUCCCGGCCCUGGGCACACAGACAGGCUUCGAAAGCAUAGGGCCCCUCCCCGGGGGUGGGCCGGUCCCUGGGGCCCAGACAGGCCUGUCCCUCCUUGUCUCUGCCCAGGCGUUGCUUCAUCCUAGGCCCGGCCAGCCCCGCCUCCCCUGAGCUGCGGGCCUCUUCUGCCCCUGUCCCCCAAGGGCCCUGCCCCCUGCUGAGCCCA